AUGAAAAAAACAAUAUAUAUUUAUAUUUUUUCUAUAAUUAUAUUUAUUUUAAUAAUUUAUUUUUGGUGUAUAUACAAAAGCUCAAUAUAUAAUCAUAAUCAAAUAAUAGUUAGUAGCGAUAUUAUUUUUAAUGACAUUCACAUUGACCACAAAAGAGAUCUAUUUAGAGAUAUUUGGAAUCCAUGGAUAUCUCCAAUAAAUUAUUGUGUUGGACCUUCUGUUUCUAGCAAAAAUGUUAAAAUUGCCAUAGAAGAAGUAAUAAAUCAUACUUGUAUAAAAUUUAAUAAAAUAAAUGAAACUACUAAUAAGACACAAGAAUUAUUGUUUAAAAAAAGUCAAAGAUGUUUAUCCUAUAUUGGGCAUAUUGAAAGUAAUCAUACACAGAUUAUUGAACUAACACCUAAUUGUUAUGAUAACCCAUAUGUUAUUUUACAUGAAAUUGGACAUGCUUUAGGUUUGGUACAUGAACAUGCACGAACAGAUAGAGAUGAAUACAUUAAAAUUAAUACAGGUAAUAUGAAAAGUGACCGUUUAUCUAAUCUUGAAAUUUUAAAAACCCCCGCUUAUUUUAAUUAUUCAACUUAUUAUGACUAUGCAGCAUUAAUGCAUUAUUCUCAAUUUGCGUUCGCUACAUUUUGGAGCUCUUUUUUUGGUUGGCCUGUUAUAGAGUCAAAAUUAGAACGUGAAUAUUCAUGGAUGAUAGGACAACGUAAAAAAAUGACUUUUAAUGAAUUUAAACAAAUUAAUUUAUUUUAUUGUAACUGGUGUAAUUGGAUUGAUAAUAAAACUGGCUUACUAAUUAAAAACAAUGAUUAUCAAACUUUAUGUAAAAAUGGUGGUUAUCCAGAUUAUAAAAAUUGUAGUAAAUGUAUUUGUCCUACUGGUUACACAGGAGAUUUAUGUGAUUAUAUUAUUAAAAGUGAUACAGAAUGUGGUAAAACUAACUUUGAUGUUAAUACAACCGAAACAUCUAUAGUAUUAAACGACAAAAUGACUUGCUAUUUUUCUUUAAAAGCAAAAAAUUCAAAAAAGGUUUUACUUAAAGUAACAUAUGUUAACGCACCAUACAAAGAAAGCAUUUGUACUGAAGACACUGGUUAUCAAGUUAAAUAUAGAAAAGAUAAAGGUGCUACUGGUCUGCUUUUAUGUGGACAUCAUUCAAGACUUAUAAUACUUAAAUCUGAAUCAAACGAUAUUCUUUUAUUUUAUAGAGGAGAAUCCGGACACAGUUUCAUGCAUUUCACAUUCAAAGAAGUUGAUUAA